AUGACCCGCUAUCUGAGAAGCCGUCCCCGAGCCAGCCAGCUCGAGCCGCUGUUUGCCACGGAGAAAGGGGAACCCAUGACCAAAGCCUGGUUCGCUACCCACCUCCACCUCCUCUGCCAGUCCUGCGGACUUCCUCCAGGUUGUUACACGUCUCAUUCAUUUCGCAUAGGUGCAGCUACAACCGCAGCUAUUACGACUCCUGUGUCCACCCUCAAAGCCAUGGGCCGAUGGUCGUCUGCCGCGUAUGAAUGCUAUCUGUGCCCCGAGUCUCAGGACAUUCUAGAAGCUCAGAAAACCAUGAGUAACCAUAACUUGGCACAUAGAUGUAAUUAAAUGAAAUAUAUAAAUAAAUACCCUGCAGAUAACUAUCCAUGCUUGGGCAACGAGUCUCUCUAACCCAUCUCUCUUUCGGCAGCUCUCACCUCCCCUUGCUAG